UCCGUACGUACCGCGGCAAAGGAACGCGGUCCGAACAAGUACCCGACUUCGGAGAUAAUGGAUUUCGAAGUCAUCCUCAGACGUCAUUUUCUAGCCAGACGUCAGUCCGACUGUGUCGCUUACUUGGUGGAAAAGUGAUAUUGUGAUGAUAAAUCGGUGCAUUAUAGGUCCACCGUUAGUGGGCACUUGAAGUAAAUGCAGUAAACCACAUCUACCCUCUCCCAAAACUGACAAGAUUCCUUAACUAGAUUGCUACCCUUGGCUAUCUGUAUAUAGGUGGUUUUUUUUUUUUCGUCUUGCCGUGAGUUUUCUUGAGAGGUGCAGGGUAUACUGCACAUCUCUUGAUUGCUCUGACAGCAAAACGACCUUUUGUGCAGAAAGAGCAUACGCAGGUGAAUACGUCAACUCCCCCCUUUUCCUGAGAAGAAACUGUUACUGAAUAGUAACUACUUGGCUAUUACCACUAUUGGUUAUAUUCUGUCCUUAUUGUUCUUAAGGUUUUGAAGAGUGGUGCAGGGUAUACUGCAUUCCUCUUGAAGCCUCUAAACAAUAAAGCAGUCUUGUACUACAGUAAAUUAAACCAACAAAGUGAUCUUCAUCAUUGUUGACAACAAUAACUACACAAAAAUCCAUUUCUAGAGGAAUAUCACCCCUUGCCUACGCAAUUUACAAAUUUUGUCCUUGUUGCCCCACGUUGUCUUAGCAGCUGCACAGAGUACACAGUAUAACUACUAGUGCAGCGAGAUAACUUCUUUGUGUGCUACAAGAAAUUUUUAUUGGAGAUGGUUGCACCUUAUGAUGUUGGAGACCCUGUUCGAUCUUUUGUCAAAGUACCAGGAAGUGGAACAAAUGUGGCUGCCAAGGCACUUGUCUGUGACCUGUCACAUGUGUCAACUGUAGCAGCAAUCGCUCCCAUACCUAUUCAGCCUAUUCAAGAACCUCAGCCAUCACCAGCAGCAGCUGCAACACAAGAUGUUCCAACGGAAAAUGUGAAACACCAGAAGACUAAAGUUCCUCCUGAAGGUACUCUAGCAGCAUCACUGAAAGAUGAGGACAACAAGAAAAUUGUUAAAACCAGGAAACGGUUACUUGAAGAUGCAGAUGGUAAACAUGGCGUACAAGAACCUCCCUCAAAGCGAGUAAGAGAAGUUCCUCGAAGUCUUAGUGUUAGCCAGGAUGUAAAGGAUGGAAGCGCCGACAGUGUUGGUACCAACACUGUUGGUAGUGGAAGUUCAUCAUCAUCCAUUGGAACACAAACUGAUUUCGUCAGUAUGGAGGCAAGGGAGACCAGUAUGCUAAGGGAGCAAAACAAACUACUUCAACGCCGAUUGGAUAUCUUCAAGGAAGUUUUUAGGUCCAAGAAACGGUUGGGUCAACUCAUUAGAGCCUUGGAAGUUGGGAAACCCAGUUAAAGCAUCUGCUAAAUUGAAUGUGAGUGAACCAUUCUAGUAUUUCAUGCAUAUUUGUGGUAGAAUAUGCAAGAUCUUUCCAGCCAGGCGAGUUUUUAACACAGCAACUUUAUUGAAUCAUUUAUUGUUGUAAUUGCAUCAAUAUUAAAGUUUGAAAAUGCUUGUACAAGGAAAUUUCAGUACUUGCAGUUUCAAAAAUUUGAAAUAGCUGUGUUAAAAACCAGAAAAGGCCAGGAUUGGGCAGAAAUAUAAAAAUGUUGCUCACCUGAAGCUAGAAUUUUCUGUUAUCAGAAUACAAGAGUAAUUAAAAUUAAUUUGUACAAAUUUGUAAAUUGGAAAUUUUGAGCCAAAACAGUUUUAUUGAAUUCUCUUUAGCUUUGGUUGUUUUGAAAGAAAAA